UCAAGCUCAGCGAGCUCCGCCGUUGCCAGUAGUGAUCCCGCGCAUUCUGCAUAAGCCUGGAAUCCAUUGGCCAGCAGCAUCCCACGCUGCUACCGAGUUCACGAUAGGAUGAAUGCACUCCAAACGCGUUUCAACAGCUCGCCAUUCCUGGUUCGGAAAUUGUCCAAGUCUACCUGGCGUAUUUAUCUCUGCUUUGUUGUUUGGUUUCUUGUCGGAGAUCGUGGCAACCGUUGGACUGGUGAUCGAAGUUUUGAUAACUCCAACACGAGCGAACUGCAUCCAUAUCCCCCCCCUUCAUUGCUUCAUUGCAGUCACCAACAUAGGCAUCGCUCACAACAUAUAAAGGCUCUCUCUAUCUUCAUGGAAGUUGUACGUCUUGUGCCCAAACAUCUGUCUCGAUAAGUCCGUUCGUCUUUCAUCUCGCAGCCAUUUACAUUCUUUCUCGGCUCGAACAACUCGGGAGCCGUCUCCCAGUGAUAAACAUCUCAGGUUGUCGUCACUGUCGCCAUUCCUUA